AUGGCGACAAUCAACGAGAAUUCGUUUGACAAAAUCGAAAUCAAAGGCACUGGAAACGCUGGAGUGGAUAUUGAAAGGACCGCAACUACAGCAACGGAUCAGAAUGGCGUCUGCAAGGAGAUACCCUCUGAGUCACUUACAGCUGGCUAUCAUCGGUCUCUCACCAGACGCAAAGUCAUGAUGAUGACGUUUGGCGCCGGCAUUGGCACUGGACUCUGGGUGGGAACUGGCCAAGCAUUGCACUACGCUGGGCCUGCUGGAACCGCUCUGGCAUACACACUCACGGCAAUUAUUGUUUACGCUCAAUAUUCCUCGAUCGGCGAAAUGACAACCUACAAGCCUGUCCAUGGCGGCUUCAUUCGACAAUGCAUUGAAUAUAUUGAUCCGGCUUGGGGAUUCGCGAUUGGAAUGAACUUUUGGUUUGCCUGGGUGAUGAUUAUCCCAGCAGAAAUCACAGCAGCAGUUUCAGUGUUACAAUUCUGGCCGGAGACGAAUGUUAUUCCUCUCGCUGCCUACAUUACGAUAUUCCUGGUUGUGAUUGGCCUUGGUAAUACAUUCCACGUCAGAAUCUACGGAUAUAUCGAGUACUAUAUGUCAUUCAUUAAAUGCCUAGCUGUGAUAUUGAUGAUCUUUUUCAUGUUCAUUAUGACAUCGGGAGGAAUCGCCGCUACUAAUGGGCCUAUCGAGUUCCGCUACUGGAAGGAUCCCGGUGCCUUCAAGAAUGGAAUCAAGGGAAUUGCCAAGGCAUUUGUCCAAGCGGCCUUCAGCUUUGGUGGCGGUGAGCAUAUCGCCGUUAUUGCGGGCGAAGUCGCAAAUCCACGACAGACCAUCAAAAAGACCGUGCGACCCGUCUUCUGGCGCAUGUUUACUUUCUUCGUAGUAAACAUCUGGCUGGUGGGAAUGUGCGUCCCAAGUAACGAUACCGAUCUCGCAAGUGCAGCUGGAACACUGGGAAGUCCUUUCGUGAUCGCCAUCAAGCGUGCAGGUGUCGAUAAAUUGGCGCACGUCAUCAACGGCUUCAUUUUCCUCAGUGUGAUUUCCUGCGGGAUAACAAGUGUGUAUGUGGCCUCUCGUAGCUUAACAGCCCUCGCCGAUAUGAAUAUCAUUCAUCCCUUCUUUGGGAGGAAGGACAAGCAAGGUCGGCCAUAUGUUUCCAUCAUUAUCAGUUUGGGAUUGGGUGGUGGCCUAUGCUAUCUCAACGUCAAUAGCGUCGGAGUAGAGGUUUAUGGCUGGUUCUCAUCUCUGGUUGCCAUUGCGACCCUCUUCGAAUGGUCGUCAUGUUACAUCUCCCAUCUAAGGUUCCGACAGGGUUUGAAAGCACAGGGAAAGGAUCUUCGCACGCUGCCGUUCAAAGGCUUCCUCACCCCAUGGGCUCAAUACCUCAGCCUUAUAAUCGUUGUUUUCAUUUUUGGCUGUGAGUUCUAUCUCGCCUGCUGGCCAUUUGACGGCAAAGGUUCCGUGAAAAGCUUCUUCUCUAGCUAUCUUGCCGCACCGCUGUUUUGCUUCGACUACUUUGCGUAUAAGUUUUAUUAUAGGACCAAGAUUGUUAGGGCAAAGGAUAUGGACUUUAGUGAGGCUCACUGCUUUGACGAGGAGGAACGUCUCGAUGCAUUGGCUGAACAGGAGAAAGAGGACGACCCAAACCACUCAGGGACCUGGCUCAAACGUGCGCGUUACUUGAUAUUUGGCUAG